AUGCGUAUGUCUACAUACCACGAGCCUCCGCAUGUUGAGAGUGACGAUCGAUCGAUUCAGCUAACACCGCAGUCCGUUAUCCGCAGCGACCACAUCACAGAGCUGAACAACACCAAGCCCAAGCAGCCCUUUUUCUUCUUGAAGCCCGCUUCCGCUAUUCUCUGCCCCGGCGAGGGUCCUGUGCUGCGUCCUCAGGGAACCAACCUGCACUAUGAGGUUGAAUUGGCGCUGGUGAUGGGCAAGACCGUUCGGGAUCUGGACCCGAAUGAUGAUAAGGGUGCUUUGGAUGCAAUUCACAGCUACCUCCUCGGUAUUGACAUGACCGCUCGCAACGUCCAAGAAGAAGCGAAGAAGAAGGGCCUCCCCUGGACGAUCGCCAAGGGCUUCGAUACUUUCCUGCCUGUCUCUCAGGAGAUUUCCAAGGCCCGUCUUCCCGACCCUCAUAAUGCUUUCCUUCGCUUGAGUGUAGGAUCGCAAAUGCGCCAGGCCGACUCCACUGGUCUGAUGCUUUACCGGAUCCCCAGACUUCUGGCGGAGAUCUCCCGUGUCAUGACUCUGGAGAAGGGUGACCUUGUCCUGACUGGUACUCCCAAGGGCGUGGGUCAGGUCAAGUCUGGCGAUGUCAUGAAGGCGUCCAUUGAGUACGAUGGCAAGGAGCUCGAGGAGGGUCGCAUCGAGGUCGAGGUCAAGGACCGUGAGGGUAGAUACCGGUACAGUGAGACCUAA